UCUUUCUCCUCUUGCUCGUCUCUGUGUAAGUACUUAACAUUCAUUCUAUCUGUCUAUUGCUUCUCUCUUUAGAUUGUCUGCCUCGCAAUAGAUCCCUAAUCGGAACCCUAAUUUUACCGAUUUGAUCUUUCUCUGGCGUUGCGAUUUCAAUACUAGUUGGUUUCGCAUCUUUGUAGGGGAGUCUUGAUUGAUAGUUCGUUCUCGGAUUGGGCUUUUUGAUUGUUCUUGGUUGAGAGGUGUUUAAAAAGGUGCUAUCUUGAUGAUACUUGGAGGAUGAACGAUGCCGGUACUGCGUAGUAGAGUGCGCGGUGGACGGGCGGCAGCAGCAAAGCCGAAUCCAGUAGAGGAAGGUGAGGCGAUUGCGACAAGGACAAGGAGGCGGCGCGCGGCUGCAGCAGGGAAAAACAAUACAAGCAACGAAAAUAACAAUAAGCAGCCCCAGGCGGCUGAUCAGAUUGUAGUUGUCGCAGCACCUGAGGCAAAGGGGGAGGGGAAUAAGGGAUUGGAGGAAGGGGUGAGGGUGGUGGAAAAGGAAGAAUUUGGUGAAAAGAAGAUGAAUGGUGGAGGGAAGAGCGUUGAGAAGGGGAAUGCUGGUGAGGAUGAGGGAAGCACUGCACCGAUCCCUGAGACGGUUCGAGUUGGGAAUUCCCCAAUGUACAAAAUAGAACGAAAGUUGGGCAAGGGCGGCUUUGGACAAGUUUAUGUUGGUCGGCGUAUGACUCCAGCAAAUGCAAAUGAUGGAUCGACUGGCUCCGGAGCACUGGAGGUGGCCUUAAAAUUUGAGCAUAGAACUAGCAAAGGAUGUAACUAUGGACCACCUUACGAGUGGCAAGUUUACAACACUCUUGGCGGCAGUCAUGGUGUACCAAGAGUACACUACAAGGGUCGGCAAGGUGACUAUUAUGUAAUGGUUAUGGAUAUGCUGGGUCCAAGCUUGUGGGAUGUUUGGAAUAACAACUCUAACACAAUGUCAACGGAAAUGGUUGCUUGCAUUGCCAUUGAAGCAAUUUCUAUAUUGGAGAAGAUGCACUCCAAAGGGUAUGUACAUGGAGAUGUGAAGCCUGAAAAUUUUUUGCUUGGUACUCCAGGAACUCCUGAUGAAAAAAGGCUGUUCCUUGUUGAUCUUGGAUUAGCGACUAAAUGGCGAGAUACUUCAAGUGGUCUGCAUGUUGAUUAUGACCAGAGGCCUGAUGUUUUCAGGGGAACUGUGCGUUAUGCUAGUGUGCAUGCCCACCUUGGUAGAACUGGUAGCAGGAGAGAUGAUCUAGAAUCUCUGGCAUAUACACUUAUUUUUCUUCUCAGAGGUCGUUUACCUUGGCAAGGUUAUCAGGGGGAGAACAAGGGGUUCCUCGUCUGCAAGAAGAAGAUGGCUACAUCCCCUGAGAGUCUGUGUUCCUAUUGUCCACUGCCUUUUAGACAAUUUGUUGAAUAUGUUGUCAACUUGAAGUUUGAUGAAUUACCUAAUUAUGCAAAAUACAUCUCUCUUUUUGAUGGGAUAAUUGGUCCAAAUCCAGAGAUCAGGCCGAUUAAUACAGAAGGUGCUCAAAAGCUUAUUUAUCCGGUUGGUCAUAAAAGAGGCCGGAUAACAACAGAGGAGGAAGAAGACGAACAACCAAAAAAGAAAGUUCGUAUGGGCAUGCCAGCAACCCAAUGGAUUAGUGUCUACAAUGCACGUCGACCUAUGAAGCAAAGGUACCACUAUAACGUUGCUGAUGCAAGGCUUGCACAGCACAUAGAGAAAGGAAAUGAGGAUGGGUUACUUAUCAGCAGUGUAGCUUGUUGUCAAAAUCUGUGGGCCCUUAUUAUGGAUGCUGGAACUGGUUUCACUUCACAAGUGUAUGAACUCUCUCCCUAUUUUCUACACAAGGAAUGGAUAAUGGAGCAGUGGGAAAAGAAUUAUUAUAUCAGUGCAGUAGCAGGAGCUACUAAUGGGAGCUCAUUAGUUGUGAUGUCUAAGGGUACACAGUACUUGCAGCAGUCAUAUAAAGUCAGUGAUUCAUUUCCUUACAAGUGGAUUAGCAAAAAGUGGAGGGAGGGCUUCUAUGUUACUUCAAUGGCCACCUCAGGCAGUCGAUGGGGAAUUGUUAUGUCUCGUGGUGCUGGAUUUUCAGACCAGGUAGUGGAACUCGAUUUCCUUUACCCUAGUGAAGGUGUUCAUCGGCGGUGGGAUUCUGGAUAUCGUAUCACAGCAACUGCAGCAACAUGGGACCAGGCAGCUUUAGUUCUUAGCGUACCCAGAAGGAAACUUUCAGAUGAAACACAGGAAACGCUUCGAACAACUGCUUUUCCUAGCACCCAUGUGAAGGAUAAGUGGGCAAAGAAUCUAUACAUUGCAUCAGUAUGUUAUGGACGAACAGUGUCAUGAGCCUGCCAUGUACCGAGUCCCGACACCAUCGACCAUUACUGGUCAGUCACCCUCUCAAACUUUGCUGUUUGAGAUGCUGAAAACCAUGGGAUUUGUUAAAUGGCUGCUGUUUAUCUAGUUUAAGAGAAAUUUUGAUUAGUACAGGCUUUUAAUAUAGUCAAGGUAUAAAAGACUUUGCUGCGCCUAUCAAUUAGGUAUGUGCAUUAUCAAUUAAAGCCCAAUGAAUAAAUGGGCUUCUUGCUAACAAUGUAUAGUAUCGAAGAGAGUACUUAUUCCCCCCUUCCUUACCCCCCUUCUUUCUUUUGGUAAAUUUGAAUGUUGUUUUAUUUAAAUAUUUUGAAUUCUAAA